AUGGAUGGCCAGCGCUCUUUUGCGCCUGAGCCCAAGAACGCCGCAACCAUUCUCUGCGCAGACUGCGGCGCGCCUGUUGACGGCACCCUCUCUGGUGCCUUCUGCUACGACUGCAUAAAACUGAAGACGGACGUUACCGGCGGCAUCCCGCGCGAAGCCAUUCUGCUCAUGUGCCGCGACUGUGACCGAUGGCUCUCCCCUCCCACGACCUGGGUCGUCGCCCACCCCGAAUCGCGCGAACUGCUCGCUCUCUGCCUGCGAAAACUGCGCGGACUCAACAAGCUGAGAAUCAUCGACGCCAGCUUCAUCUGGACCGAGCCGCACAGCAGGAGGAUAAAGGUCAAGAUCACGGUGCAGUCGGAGAUCAACGAGGGCGCCAUCAUGCAGCAGAGCUUCGAGGUCGAGUUCACACAAAACUACAACCAAUGUCCAGACUGCGCCAAGAGCUACACCCACAACACAUGGAGGGCGUCGGUACAAGUCCGACAGAAGGUGCCGCACAAGAGGACGUUCCUGUACCUGGAACAGCUGAUUCUGAAGCAUGGCGCCCACAAGGACACAAUCAACAUCAAGGAAGUCCACGACGGUAUCGACUUCUUCUUUGCCCAGAGGAACCACGCCGUGGCCUUCUGCGACUUCCUCAAGGCCGUCAUCCCCGUCAACAUCAAGCGAUCCGAAGAGCUCAUCUCGCACGAUAUCCACACCUCGACAAAGAACUACAAGUUCUCCUUCUCGUGCGAGAUUGUGCCCAUCUGCAAAGACGAUCUUGUCGUCCUUCCUAUCCCGCUCGCAAAGAAGCUCGGCAACGUCUCACCCCUCACACUCUGCACCCGCAUCGGUACCUCAGUACAACUACUUGACCCAUCGACGCUCCAGACAGCCGAUGUCGCCACCGACAUCUACUGGCGAACGCCUUUCCGACCCCUCGCCGACGUACAGGAACUGACCGAGUUUAUUGUUCUCGACAUCGAGCCUCUAGGUAAGCAGGUCGGCCGCCAUUUUCUCGCCGAGGCCACCGUAGCCCGCGCCUCAGACAUGGGCGUCAAUGACACAACAUACUACUGCCGCACACACCUCGGUGGAAUCCUACACGUGGGCGACUCGGUAAUGGGUUACUUGCUUGCCAACACAAACUUUAAUAACGAGCUUUUCGACGUCCUCGAAUCCAACAACAAGUACUCAUCCGCCAUUCCUGACGUCAUGCUUGUCAAGAAGUACUACCAGCGCUCCAAGAAGAACAAGAACAAGCGCAACUGGCGCGUCAAGCGUAUGAACAGGGAGGAAGGCGAGAUGCUGCCUCGCAAGCAAGACCAAGAAAAGAUGGAGCGCGACUUUGAGAUGUUCUUGCAGGACGUUGAAGAGGACCAGGACCUGCGCGCGACCAUGGCACUAUACAAGGCGCAACAGGAGCAGAAGCAGCGCGAUGCGGAUGCUAUGGAGACGGAGAGUAGCCUUGGCGAUGAUGAAGAUGAAGGCCUGCAGAUCCCUAUGGAGCAGCUGCUGGAUGAUUUCGAGGAGAUGAAGAUGGAGGACUAG